GAGGGGCUCUGAGUUCACAGCUAAACGAGUCACGACUCGUUAAACAAGAGCUCGCCAGCAGACGUGUAUCAUUUUGGGAUGUAUAUGUUUAAAUAAAUUGAACUCUCUUCACUUAAUUAUACUAUAAAAGCUAGGAAAUGUUUUCUCGGAAAAGAAAGGAGCUUUCUAAAGCGCCGUCGAUUUCAAAGAAAAGUCAGUCAGGAAAUCCUGCAGCUCACAGCAGCUCGCUCUCCGUUCUUCAGGAGCAGCCUCACAAAGACACUACCGAUGGCCCAUCAGCAUUGGCGGUGCCAGAUCUGGCAGUGCCCUCUUCAUGUCCUGGCACUCCGUCCUCUGUCCACGCUAAACUUGCGGCCUGCUCAUCACCUGCCGCCAACUUAAAGCGCUCCACGGGUCUCAACCGCUGUCCCAGCGCUGCAGGCUUCCCCUUUCAGACGGCUGGAACCUGGGGCUUUAUCAGGAAUCAGGUCAGGAGCACCGACACCGCAGAGGGGACGGCUAUUGAUGUGGAGGACAUUCCUCCGUUACUGAGGGACGUGGCGCGCUUCGCGGAGGCAGUGGAGAAGCUCAAGGAUGUGGUGCUGUGUGAAGAAAAGGAGUCUCGGAGGGCUGUGGCUCAUGAGAAUUUGGGCGAGGUGUUGCGUAUCCUGCGGCAGGUGAUCAGCACCUAUCCUCUGCUUAACACUGUGGAGACCCUGACUGCAGCAGGCAGGCUCAUCUCAAAGGUGAAAGGCUUCAGUUAUGAGGGCAGCAAUGAGAUGCAGAAGAAAAACUUCGAAAAAGCCAUCGAGACCAUCGCAGUUGCCUUCAGCAGCAAUGUAUCAGAGUUGUUGAUGGGUGAGGUGGACAGCAGUACCCUCCUGUCUCUUCCUCCCACUGAGAAGAGCAGGUCAAUGGAGAACCUGUGUGGACUGUCGGUGGGACAGGCCAUGGAGGGAGUUGGCCGAUGUGACCAUGAGGAAUGUCCAAUGAACGCAGAGCAGGUGGACAUUCUCCUGCAGCAGAGUGAAGGAGGAGUGGACUCUGCACUGAGUUAUGCGAAGACAAUUGCCAAGUACAUGAAGGACAUCAUCAGCUACGUAGACAAACGCAUUGCACUCGAGAUGGAGUUUGCCAAAGGACUUCAGAGGCUAUACCAGUCAAGCAAACACAGCAUCACUCAGACCCCCAUGCCUUUGCUGUCUAUCUACUCUCUGGCUCUGGAGCAGGACCUGGAGCAGAGUACAGGGGUGCAACAAGCCAUGAAUUCUCUUCUCACACACUCGUUUCUACAGCCACUGAUGCAGCGUAAACAGGAACAUGAGAAAAAGCGUCGGGAGAUUAAAGAGCAGUGGCAAAGGGCCAAGAGGAAACUGGCUGAUGCUGAGCAUAACCUGCGUAAGGCACGGCAGAUGUACCUGACGCGCUGUGAGGAGUACGAAAAGGCACGGACGGCGGCGAAUAAAGUAGAGGAAGAGCACGGCGGAACAGGAAGUGGUUCCACCCACAAGACUUUGGACAGGAAGAGGCGAUUAGAGGAGGAAGCUCGCAACAAGGCAGAGGAGGCCGAGGCCACAUACCGGACGUGUGUUGCUGAUGCCACCACCCAGCAGCAGGAGCUGGAAGACGUGAAGGUGAACGUGCUGAAACAGAUCCAGGAUGUCAUCAGACAGACUGAUCAGAUACUGCGUGCAUGCACCAUAUCAUACUACCAGAUCCUGCACAUGCAGACGGCUGCGCUGCCCGUGCACUACCAGACCCUGUGUGAGAGCUGUAAGCUGUACGACCCGGGUCAGCAGUAUGCUGCACAUGUCAGAAACCUGAAUCUCAGCGCGGAAGCCGUCACGGUGUACCAGUUUAAACCGUACUCUGCCUCGGGGGCACAACAUCCCGCUCGAAUGCGCCAGGACAGCAUCAGUGAUGAGCAUCAGCAGAUCAACACUGAGACCUCACACACCAGUGUGGAUGAGGUGACUGGAGAAGGAAGCGUGGUCAAGCACAGACGAGGUCGAGAUCAUCAGGCUCACAAGUCCUGGCCCUCCACCCUGAGUGACACUGAUAGUGUUGGAGGAGGAAGUGGACUGGGAUCCCCCACCACAAGCACAGGGGAUAUCCCAAAGGCCCAGAGACCAGUCUCAGCUGGUACCCUGUCAUCCACUGAAGACGUUGAUGAACAGGAUGGCAAUAUGGCCUCCAGUAUGACCUCUUUUGAACAAAGUAUGAAUGGAAUUGAACCUGAGAUGACUGUAUCCACUGGACCAUUUCGAAACGUGGGACUGUCCAAAGCUGCCCGGACCCAUCGACUACGGAAACUCCGCGCUCCAUCCAAGUGCCGCGAGUGUGACAGCUAUGUGUACUUCCAGGGAGCAGAGUGUGAGGAAUGUUUCCUGGCCUGCCAUAAGAAGUGCUUGGAGUCUCUUGCCAUUCAGUGUGGUCAUAAAAAGCUGCAAGGUCGACUUCAGCUCUUUGGUCGAGAUUUUGCCCAGGUGCUACCCUGCAACUCAGACAGCGUGCCCUUCAUCAUCAAGAAAUGCAUUCAGGAGAUCGAGAAGAGAGCACUAAGAAUGAAGGGAAUAUAUCGUGUGAAUGGAGUAAAGACACGUGUGGAAAAGUUGUGCCAGGCAUUUGAAAAUGGGAAGGAGCUUGUGGAACUUUCUCAGGCGUCACCACAUGACAUCAGUAACGUUCUCAAGCUCUACCUGCGCCAACUGCCUGAGCCGAUUAUGCCGUUUCGCAUAUACAACGAUCUAAUGGGGCUGGCAAAAGAGAGCCUGCACUCUGGGGUCUCAGCUGGAGGAGAGGGCACCAAGGGCCCUGAGCUGCUGGAUCUUGGAGAGCAGACAGAUCCCAAAAUAGUACAUCUUGUGGAGAAACUAGGAGAGGUGAUGAAGGAGCUCCCACCAGCCAACACUGCCACUCUGAACUACAUAGUAUCCCAUCUACACAGAGUGGCUGAGCUGGAGCAGGAUAAUAAGAUGAGCUCUAGUAAUCUGGGCAUUGUGUUCGGACCGACUCUAAUGAGACCCAAACCCACCGGUGCCACCGUCUCCCUCUCCUCCCUGGUGGAUUAUCCUCACCAGGCUCGCAUCGUUGAGGCCCUCAUUGUUUUCCAGAAGCAAAUCUCUCCGACAUCCUCAUCCUCUCUAAUCUUUACCAUUCAUGACCAGGAGAGUGCUGAUGGAGCACAGGAAGCCGAUGAAGAGCAGAGCAGACUGAUCUCAGAACAGGAUUGUGUUAAUUCAGGCUCGUCUGGCUCUCGGGAGCGCUCUCUGGACUCAGAUUCCGAGGCAGAGGAACAGGGGAAGGUGAGUAAACAGCGCCAUCCUCUGGUUAGUCAGGAGAGUGAGACGAGCACAGAGGAUGACCAGCUGAGUCCCAGAGUGAGUCUGGAUCUAAGCUCAGUCGUACCGGAGACUAUCCCUGAGCAACCGGUCAGCACUGAUGAUCCUAUAGAAGCAGAUACAGAGGAGCUCUCGGACCAGUAAAACUAUUUAAACAAGCAGAACUACUACGGUAACUUUCUUAUUGCUUAUUGGUAAUAUUAUGCCUUAAAUGUAUAUAAACUGUGGAGAAUCCUGUUGCUGCACUAUGCUUUGAUAAUGUUUGAUAAAGUUCCAAUGCACUGAAACAUUCCUCACCACUGUAGUUUUAGCAGUUUUGUUCUUUAUUUGACUAAUCAGUGUGGCUGUUACUAUCAAUGCUGAUAGUAGCAUCGUGUCUAUUUACAUCUUGAAUGUUUUUAUAGGCACAUUUUUAUAGGGGUAAAGUGAAAAAUUCGAACAACCAUUUGAUUAGGUAAACUUUAAUGUCAUAACAGCUUCUGAGUAAUUUUCUGUUUAAUCCUAACUUCAUUAACAUGCACCAAGAAAAGCUUUUAUUAGCUCUACAGUUUCAUCAGGGGCCAAAAGGUUCAUUUAAUACCUUUAACAUACACAUUGGGGAUUCAUAAUGGUUGACUUAACCAAUAUUAUCUGAUAAAAAGGGAAAUUCUUUAGAAAGGAAAAUUCAUAGUUGUCCAUAUUACAACCACCUUUACAACCAUAACGAAUUGCUACAGAGUCAAGUACUACUGAAAUUAAAACUACAUAAUUGUGCAGGUAAAUAAUCUGUAUUACAGAGAUUUUUGUACUAAAUGUUUUGUUUUAAUGACUUUUGUUGAUGGCUUGGUGAAUUUCAGUAUUGCAAUACUAAAACUUUUAAUGAAAUUGUAUUUAGACAAACAAGGAAACUUAAAUAAGGGAUGAAUUGACCUUGUAUACAACAUGUUCAUACUGCUGGUCAGUAUGAUACUUUUUAUACCUGUAUUGAUGACUGAAGUUUUGACCAAAUUUUAUAUUCUUUUGUAUUUUUCAAAAUGCCAAACUGUAUUCAGAGAGGACGUUUACAUUUUGGUGUAUUUAAAUAUGUUUGUCUGACUAUUUUUCUUAGGUUUCUAUUUUUAUUGUAAACAUAAUUGUUACCGUGUGUGCUUGCUAUCUGUUUCUGAAAUGUAAUAUGACUAUUAAAAGCUCUGAGUAGUACGUAACAUUCCAUUGUACUCAGAAGUAAGGAAAAUGAGGCCUACAGCUAAGAGAUUUGUAACAAAUUAAUCACCCGGUUCAAAACAGACAGCGCUUUAACAAACACAUCUGAUUAAACAGAACAACAAUGGUCAUGGCUUCGCUUCAAGCUGCUGUAGCCUUUUAGGAUUUGGAAUCUACUGCUACAUUUGAUAAUAUUUAUUAACAUUUUUAUUAAUUUUAUUAAGUUCCUCCCAUGCUUAAAUAAAAUGAAAGUAACAAGAUGCAGUUUUAUAUACAUUAAUAAAAUUCCUGAGUAGAAACUUAUGUUUUACACAAGCCCAGGACUUUUGUUGCAGUCAGAUUUUCAACUGGGUGCUUUCUGAAAACCUAACAUACUUUUGGCUGAAUAUUGGUUACAGUCCAUAGUUUUUUUGCUGCUGGCAGCUGUGUUUUUGUGAGUUGAGGUGCUGGGACAUGAUCAAUGUGGUUGUGAGUGGUGCCAGCUUCAAUAUCAGACUUCUGAGUACAAUGGACAAGAGCAUAAUUUUUUGUAUUUGUUAUUGUUCAUCUACUGUGUCAAUUUAUUCUGGAAAUAAUAAUAAUCCAUAAAUAUAA